AUGCCUGCUCUCUGGAGUCUUCAGUCCUUCCUACUACUGAUUACCUGUCCCAGAAUCGAACAGGUGUCGAUGUUGGUUAGCGCCGCCGGCCGCAUGGCUCUACUCCUAGGGCUUCACAAACCGCAGAACCCAAGGCUCUUCCUUUUUUGGUCCUGCGUCUUGGCUAGUCGGUGGGAUUCACUCAGAGAUGCCGACGGUCGGGCUACGAGUAGGCCGUGCCCUGAUCUCAUGACAUUUGCCCCCAGUUCUGGACCGGAGGAAGCCACCAUCUUCACCUGGUUUUUCGAUAUGGUUGCUGAUGCAGAUGGAGAAAGAUGCGGCAAUAAUGCCGGGGCUCAACUUCAUGGGAAUAAUUGGGAAACGCAUCUGCAUCAGAUGGGAGCUGCCAUCAUCAAUCAGAGUCCAGGACUAAAGGAGAUGAUGGUAUUGACAAGAAUGUACAUGAGGGGGGGGGUUGAUGAGCACAUCGUGCAACAUAUAGGGGGGCUGGCCAAGCAGUGCCGCGCUUCAAAGCUCAACCCUUUUGCUUCCGUGCUUCAAGGACUGGGGGUUGAAAAAUGA